GGGCAUUGCAUAGUAGAGUCUAGACAGAGUGUCGUCAGUCCCAAUCUGCAUGUAAGACCAUACGAUCCACUCUUUCCACUAACAACUUCAUAACUUCUACAUACGAAGUAGUGCUGUGAACAAGCCCGUCCCAUCCGAUGGCCUAACCACUAUAUUCUAUUCUAUUGUUCAACCAUUUGCAAAUCUGCUUCAUUCACUCUGUUAUUUUGUUCUGUCUUGACUUUUCUUUUUCCUUCGUCUUCUUUUUGACCCUUCUCUACCUAUCUAAACGUUUCCUUAUACUCGUAAAGUCCCAAAUUCAACCGGUUACUCAAUCUGCACACGCCUUUAAACUACUUGGGUUGCCUCAAUCCAAUUCAAUCAGUACAUCAAAUCACCCCACAUACCAAAAAGCCAACGCGGCCGAAUUCGAGAGAAACCUAUAAAAAAAAGGAGAAAAAAAAAGGAAACACAGCCCAAUAAAACAAAAAUGACAUACCUUCUCUACUCCAUAACCUUCCUCGUCCUCGUGACCGGCACGAUCCUCUACCUGACCCGGUACCACUGGCUGCACCUCUUCCCGGGCUCCGAGCACCUGUACGCGCGGCUGCCCGGCACUUUCGCAGGUGACAUCGAGGCGGGCCUCUCGAGCAGCACCUUCGACCUCGGCGCCAACGUCAGCGGCGGCGACGGCCGCGCCGGCCUCGACGACGCCGCCAAGGCACAGAUCCUCGCCAUCAUGAAGAAGCGCCGCCUGCGCUUCGACGAGGCCCGCCGCGUCUACAUGGAGCAGCGCUUCAGCGCAAACGGCAUCGCCGCCGACGGCAGGCCCAAGGACCCCAAGUUCGUCAGCUUCUCGUGAGAUCCUCAUAUAUCCAGCCGCGCGGAACUGUCCAGUGUUGCGCUGUGGCUGGUUGGUUGGUUGAGGGGGGUGGAUUGCGCUUCGCGCGCGCGCGCGUGUGUGUGAAUAAGUGUCCGGUUGGGACGUGUAUGUAAUGGAAUUUUGUUUUGUUUUUUAUUAUCGGACACCUUCAGGUACGAGGGAGCGGGUUGGCAGGCAGGCGGAAGAGGCUUUCUACGGACCGACCUAUGUUCUUUACUACAACAAACCCACAUCAUUUUCCUUUAGUUUUGUCGCGGCAACGGACAACGGACAACGGCGUUUACGGAUGGUAUCGCAAUCUGCGUUGGCGGGCAUCGGUAAGUGUAAUACCCUAGGAGAAGAGAGGAGAGGAGAGGAGAUCCCGGCAUCUUGGUAUUACUGAGCAGUUGUACGGAGAGUGUCGUUGUUUGUGUUAGGUACACCAUGCACAACAACAACAGCAACCACAAAGGGGAACGGGGCCUGAUUAGGGUACUCGAGAAUUACUUGGUAUCUACAUACCUAGGUAGAUAUCUAGUCGCUACGCGCGGCUACGGAGGGCGGUUGGUAAUGCGUCGGUUAAAUUUACAGUCGAUACCUACAGCAACAACAAGCAAGCAGUUUUCCUAACUCAAUGAAUGGAUAAAUCAUAUACCCUGAA